GUUCCUAACCGGAAGUAAACGCGGCAUUAUCAAUACGCGUUGUGAAGAAUUGUUGAUUUCUUGAAAAAAAUCCAACAUGGCUCGCCUGGUUGCUGUUUGCCGGGCGAAUUCCGAUUAUAUUUAUGAAAGACGUCAAGUACCUUUGGAAGAGAGUGGGGGUAUCACGAUGGUUGUGCAAUUUGGAGAGAAGUGCAGAGAUUGUGAGGGUCACAUUAAACGAAAGGAAAUGGAGUGUUUUAGAACAAAAUGCCAGCUGUUGACCAAGGAUGAACUAGCUGUUGCUCUGCUUGUUACCAGGAAAGACCUUUUGUCACAGCUGUCACAGAUGGUUACAUGCGUUGGCUGCAGACACAGUGUGGAACGCUUGUUUCUUCAGCUUGUUAAAUCUGGCCAUCCUGCAGUAGAUCCACUGGUCAUAACACAACACUCGGAACUGUCCAUUAAGCACGAACUCUUAUUUGACCCAAGAGCUCUUUUCUGUCUUUUCUACAUACAUGGGCCACGUCACAGUGCUGUAAUAGACUCCAUAUUAAAAAGUAAAAAGAACAAGCGUUGCAAUCUCCAUUCUCUGGAUACCCACAAGGCUAAACCUACAGGGAGCUGGUUAGACAUUUGGAAUUUCAUGUCUGAGGAAUGUCGAAAUGAGAUUCUCAUUAUAAACAGUAGCAGCCUUGAAAAGACGCUUUCUGCCUACCUCACCAAGCACAGAUUUUGCACAGAAUGCCGGUCCAAAGUGAUGCUUGCAUUUAAUAUUUUGAUUGGGGAGCAUGACAGCAUAAGUGAGAAAGGCUAUUGCCCAGUCCUGUACGACAAACUUCGCUGCUGCCCAGAAGAUGGCCAUAUUCACAUAGUGUCUGACACUGAAUACAUUGCCUCUCUAAUUGAAAAGGCUGAACCAGAGCUGACUGGAAUAAAUCGAAGAGAUCGACAUGCAAAAACUCUUGACAUUGCUCAAGAAGAAGUGUUGACGUGCUUGGGUAUUAAUAUCUUUGAGCGUCUUCACCGGCUUGGUCAGAAACUUCGUGGAGAGGAGCAGACUUGGCAGCUUCUUUUUUUUCUGGGUCUAGAAACUCUUAAAAGGAGUUUUGAGUGUGCAGUGGAGCGAAAGCAGGGUGUGUCAAAUCUAGAACGCAUGUGUGAGGAACUUCUUGAAGAAGAAAGAGUGAAAGAACAGCGACGGGAACUCAAACGACAGAAGAAGAAACUAAAAAAAGCUAUUGCAAAAAAUGAGCGUGAAAAUCAAGUGCAGCUUGGAGAUGAAGAUCCAUCUCAUUGCGAGUGCUCUUCCAGUUCAAUAGCCACCAGGCCUUUACAGACAUCCCAUUUGGCUCAGUGUGACAACCACAGUAGCCAUGGUCACUGUCACACUUUACCCUCGACGCCCAGCAUUGAUCCUAAUUUAAACUGUUUAACAGUGGCUCAUCACUGCAGCCGUCCACCUCGGGCCUUAGACAAUGCUGGCUUAAGCAGUUGCCGCAAUUGUGACCAUGGUUAUGACAGUGAACAAGACAGCUGUGAAAACUGUAGUGUCCACACUUUACAGUACGCUUCUGGGAAUGUCUCACAUGAUGGCAUUAGUGUGCAUGAUGAAAAGAGCUUUGAUAAAGGUAGAGAGUAUAAAUCCAGUUCCCUAAAGGAAGAUCUACAUCACAAUAGCUGUAAUUAUGAACAAGCAUCUCCUCACAGAAGUUUUGGAACAAUGACUCAGAGAUCCUUUUGUAGACAUUCUCAUUCAAACCCAACAGAUGGAAGACAGAUAGCAUCAUCUUUGCAAGACAUGUUAGAGGAGUCGACUUUGCAGGAAGAUCAAGAAGAAGAGGGUGGCAUCUCAGAAGAAGAUAUUAAGUUUUUCUUAGCCAACCAAAGUGUCUUGCAGCGACAGCGCCUGGAACUAAGGGAGGACCUACGCCGCCGCUUCAAUGCCAUGCAACAGCAGCGUGGAGCAUCACCUAUUUCUUCUCCUGCCUCAUCACCAUCCCCAUCUCCAAAAUCCCACAGCAAAGUAUGUCAUUCAUAAUCUUCGUAGGGCAUUGUUAAUGCCUGCAUUUCUAGGGACAUUGAUCUGUGGACAUAUUUCUCUGGUAAUUGCCUGAUCAUUCUCUUGUUUACUGUUCAAUCUGUACUCCAUUUUCCUUUGGUUAUCUGUAGAUUGAUUUGGACAUUUUUAUUUAUUUAUUUAUUUUUUUUGUGAACUUUUAGGUAGUGGGAAACUUUUUUUUUUUAAUCCGCUAUGAAUUGUUUUUACAUAGCUUGCUUCUUGUAGCUAGUUAUCUCACUAAUGUCUGAUUUCCUUGAUCAAUUGUCAUAAGUACUUACACAGCAGACUGUCAAAGUACAAGAUACAGUUUUUGUGUAGUUAACCAUUUCAGAGAUGUGGUGAUAUCAGCUUUAUCCUUUCAGACUAACAUCUCCUUUUCUGUCUUUCUUACUGUCCCUUUUUUUCCAUUAAUAUUGAUUCUUGUGACUGUUGGCUGUCAGAUCAAGUGGGAAAAUUGAUAAUAAGGAUAACAGACUAAUCAGAUAUACUGGGUUAAAAAGAAAUGGAUACUAUAAAUGUUCUUCCUCGAAGAUGCAGAUCUUCUCAUAUCAUAUAGCUGAUAUGUUGAUUUGUUUUGGGCUAACAUACAGCUACAGAUUUGCAAAUAAUGGAUAAAGGUAAACAUCCUGAUUUGAUGACCUGUAAAAAUAACAUUAAAGUGGUAAAAUCCUAUCAUUUUGUUACAAGUCUGUGAUGUGUCAGUUUCUGCUGCUACCCCUUUGGGCUGCAUUGUUACAUCCCCUGUCUUUCUGGAUUGCAUUAAUGUGGUGGGCUGGUGAGAUUUUUGUUUUUCUUUUUUUUUUUUCCUGUUUGGUUGUUCUGAGGUGUGAACUUAAAUUUUGUUAAAUCAUCUUUAUGCAUCUGUGUUUUGAGAUAAUUUGGAUGAUUUCUGGAAUGUUGCAAAGUUUUGAUGAAAAGUUUGAGGACAGGGGUAGGACUUUUUUCGACUGCAGUUUAAAAGAAAGCUAUUUAACAAUUUUUGAAGACUUGCUUCAGCUGAUGACCACUUUUCUUGGCUGAAAUUAUUUUAGAGGUUGCUUUCUUUGAGUGAAAAGCAUUUUCUCUUACCUCUGACCUUGUUUGUUUUAGAAUUUUUUAAUACUACUUUCAUAUUUGAAAAUCUUGAAUAUGUUAAAUGAAAAAAAUCAGUAGUGAAUGCAUUAUUUUAUGCCAUUGUACUGAUUUUAUAAAUAAUGUGUUGUUUUUUUUUAACCGGGAUGGGGAAGCAGAGGUGGUGGUGGCACCUUAUAAAGAAUCGUUUAAAAGCCGUUCUAGUCAAAUGGAGAAAGAAGAAAAAAUUACACUUACACCCUUAUAGUAAUAAGCUGUACUACGAAGCUAAAAAUGAAACCCAUCACAAAAAAGACACUUUCAUGAAGGUCGUUAUGUCUGCCCGUGUGGAUGGUAACAAGGACUCAGAUGUUAACUGUUUUGUACAGAUAAUGUCUUUUGCCAAUAUGACUGUGCAGCUCUUUAUAAUAAUAUAAAUGAUUGAAAGAUGAUACCAAAGAUAAUCAUGGCCAAUGGAUGGUUGAAGUGAUCAAGUUAGAAGCCUAAUGGGUUGAUUUUUCUAUGUGGGUUCAUUGAUUAGGUUGAUGGUACUGCUUGGAGUGUGCCCCCAUGGCAUCUGCCAAGCUGUUACCAUCUAUUCAGAUGUUGAAUACAUCAGGUUCUUACAUUUACAAAAACAUUUAAUAAUAAUAAAUAAUAAAGUUGAUUUAUAUAGCAAAAGGCAGGCUCAAAGUGUUUAUUCAAAAAAAAAUGCACGUACAGACAUAUUAAUAAUAAAUGCUGAUCUAAAAAACAUUAAGAUUAUUGUGUGUCCACGCAAAUAAUGCCAUCAGUACUUAUGCAGUCUGCAGCCUUUGCCAUUUCAUGAAAUCUUUGUAAGUCAAUAAAGUUCUGAUUUUAAAAAGUAGUAGAGAGUUAGUAUGAUGUUUUUUUAUGGAAGCUCAAUGUCGAUUCUUGGUGGAGUGGCUUAACUUUUGCAGACAGAAAUACAGUUCCAUAAUGACAACUCUUGUUAGAGCAUAAUGCUAACAGUCAUAAACUAGUUUCAGAGAGAUGCACAGUGUUAGCCUACCAGACCUAGGUUUUCUGUGUACAAAGUUUGCUCUGACAGCUCACCAUCAAAAUAUAGGAAUUGUAGAAAAAGGAAUCAGUAUGAUGUUGAUACUGCUGAUGCACAGAUCUAAAACAUAGGUUAUGGCAAGAUGGAGCUGACAUGGCAGUAGAAAUAAAAUGGUGUAGAAAAGAAGAAAAGUGGCACAGACACAAAAUUAAAUCCAAGAAUAUAUAAAAUUGCUUUCUUUAACCAGGAAUUAGUUUUAAAUUAGUUUUUUGUGGGUUUUUUUCCCAUAAGCAAAGCCUUCUUUCUUGUAAAAUCUUUUAUAGAAUUCCCUUACUUUGUGUGGGAACAUUGACAUUGUGAUUUUGGCCUUGUUUCUUGUGCUAGUUCUUUAGUAAGACAAAAGGCCAUAAUGGAGGUAAGAAGUUAGCUCACAAUGCAGUUAACCCUCUUCCUGCUUUCGCAGCACAUUGCACUGGACAGAUCAAUAGAGAAUUGCUCAUCAUAAACUUCCCAGGAGAUUAAUGAAAAGCCUACCCCUCCAAAAAAAUAUAAAAAAUAAUAACUUUAACUUGACCGCAGUGUUAAAAAUAGAGUUUUAAGGAUGGUAAGCUUUAGAAGAGAUGCCAUUGAGUCCUUUAUCAUUUUCUAAUUGUCAUUUAUUGCAUAGUAAGUGCAGAACCCUUUUGUAGUCCAAUGUGGUAUAUCUGUAACAAAAACUGCAGAGCUGAGUCUAUGACAUAAUUUUCUAUUCUUUUAUUCUAAGAAACUUGUAUUCUUUGAUCAGAGUGCAUUGUUUUUAUAAUAAGACUAUAUUUUAUAUUUACUGUAACCUCAUCAGAUGCCAUAUAUCUAGUAACAAAACACCUUGUAACUUAGACCAGCUUAGAACAUGUAUUAAUUAGUAACACAAAUGACAUGGCACAUUUCUCCUGACAAAUAGUUUAGGAGCUUUAGUUUAUUCCUUGUUGCUCCCUUGAGGAGCAUAGGGCCGCCUCCUGACAAAUAUUCACUUAUAAUUAUUAUUUGUAAGUAGUCUUGCCAAAAAAAUUGGCCACAUUAUGUUAGAAUGUCUGUCUUGUAACACCAAGAAGUCUUUGGCAAUGAUGUAAAUCAAGCCUGAAUAACAAUUUGGAAGAUUUUUUUUUUUUUUUGCAUUAUUUUUCUAUAUCACAUAUCCAGCUUGCUAGUGUAUUUUCAUUUCGUAUAUUUAUAAAAUAAGAAUUGCCAGCUUCAGUCUUUUCCCCAUAAAUUCUGCAAUUAUGCAUAUGUCAGAAUGGGAUUUUUAUACACUGCACCAUCUUUGCUGCCUAGCUGCCUUCUCAGCCAGAUCUAUGCAGCCUCAAACUUGGGCCUCAUGAUAAAAUAAGGGUGGCACUCAAGCCAAUGUCUCCAGCCAAGGCAGAACUAUGGGAGAAAGUUGUUCAUGCUGAGAUUGUGUCCAGUGGUCAGAAGUAAAUGUGGCUAACGGUUUGCUGAUCUAUAUUUGCACAUUUUGCCCUAUAAUGAUCUUAUUGGUCAAGGUGACAGGCAUGAUACCAUUUGGUAAAUAAUGCUGGUCCCAGCAGGGAAUAUAAAGAAUAUGAAAGGUGAUUUUUGAGUUUGCAUGCUUAAAAUAAAUGUAGGUUGUGAAUAUUGAUGUAUUUUGGUUUAACUUACGAUACAUUUAAAUAGUGAGAUGCAUGAGCUCACAGAAUUUCCUAAAGAUAUCGUGCAACAGUAUUUUUAAAUGUGAUUUUUUUUUUUUUUAAAGGUAAUAACUCUAUCCUAAAAUGUUGUUACAUCAUGCUCUACUUCUUGAUGAAAUAGGAUAUUCUAUUUACUCUGCACUGAAUUUUUAUUGAAAAUAAUAUGACAGGGUAUUAAUUAGAUCUUCAGCACAUCUUUUUCUUUUCCUGCUACAAAUUCUUUUACAGCUCCUUGUCAUUCAGCUAUGAUGGAAGAACGCAUAUAAAAUAUUUUAUGACUCUCGUAAUUCUUUUAAAAUGAAAUGUCAUACAGCUUUUGGCUUCAUGGUGCCUUUAUCCACCCCUCCAUCCCCAUGUCUAUUUCCUUUUACUUUGGUAUUUUCAUCAUAGUGGCUGUUGGUAUAGCCUUGUAUCCUUUCAUGUUGGCAGGCACAAUGAAGGAUAACAAACAUGUGUUACAAAUGAAUUGGAGGUUUUGGGGAGGAGGUCUGGUAGUUGGGUUGGUAUGUGCAUUGCUACUGAGAUUAUAUGUGUGUAAACUUGCACCCACAGAGUACAAAUCUACUACAUUUUCUUUAUGUUUAUGUGCAAAUAGAAGAUUUCUUCAGAAAUGUUGAUUUAAAAAAAAUCAUGGCGAAUUGUAUGUUUUCUCUUGUAUAAAUCAGAAAUCGUAAUCUGCCAAAUUUUUAUAUGACCCUCAUGCCUCAGACCACAAGUAGAUCUUGACUGAAACAUUCCUUUAUAAUAAAAAUGGAAUUCAAAUAAACUGUAUACUAGUUUGUGUGAAUGUAUGUGAAAGAGUGUGAGAAAGUGACAGAGAAAGAGAAAGGUAGUGUUUUUUGUUCACUGAUUUGGCAUUGAAGAUUUUUAUGUCAUGAUCUUUAAAUAGUUCUGGUUUGAGUUGUAUAUAGCCCUUAUUUUUAAAACUCUUUCUGCUCUAAAGAAGCUAUUUAAAUAGCAUCUUCUUAAGAUUCAAAAAGUUUCGAAUAAAAAGAUGGAGAAGUGGAGAGACCUGACCCCUACUCCAUAAUUUGUUUCUUUUUUACUGGAGUGGACUGACAUGUAAUAGCUGUAAAACUGACAUUAAUGUAUAUACGUUAACAUCACUGAUCAUAUCUGUGCUCAGGAUUCUGACAAACCCAAAUGAACUUCAGACAUUUUCUGCAUUUGCAGGCAGUGAAUAUGGUUGAUCAAAAUAAGUUUGAAAUAUGCGUUAAUAUUAAAAUGUUUUUGCUUUAUUGCUUCUUAUAAUAUUAUCUAUACUUUCAACCUUUCUUGUCAAUUUUAACGAUGAUGGUAAAGUGAUGAGCAAUACAGUUUGUUUAUAUUGUUGGCUGUUUACUGUGUUCUGUCUACUUUUACUUGCAUAUUGUUAAUGUACUUGAACCUGGAUAAAGAGUUCUUAGUGUUUUUUAAGGAUACAGUAAGCCUGGGAAAAUUAUGUGCUCUUUUUGAAUAGAUUACUCAAUUAUUUUAAGCGUGCAGAUGAAUUUUUCAGUGUCUAUUAUCAUGGUUCAACAAAUACAUGAGAUAUUUUAACACUGAUACACGAGAGGCUGCUUCAGCUGAGUAUGCCUCUUGAAGCUUGUAAUUGUUUUAAACGAAUAAAAUAUUUGAGUGCGC